UUUAAAAGGCGGAAUAAUGGAAUGUCACCUGGAAAUUAAACACCCAAAAUUUUUUCUCAGUUGCUCUAUCGUCCUGCAUAUAAUAGGGUGCGCCCACUUCGUUGCAGCUCUCGCUCUGUUUUUCAAAUGCAUCACAGCUUCUUCCGACAGGGAACUAUUUAAGGCGGCAUUCCAACAUUUGUCGGUUUGGAGCUGUAGCAUCCAUGCGGUUUACUGUCUGUUCGCUCUUGUUACGGACGGACUGAUUUUGAUUCUGACUUUAACGGACGAGUCGACAUCGUUGUACGUAAGAAGAAGUUUUAUGAGAGCCUGUUUGGCCUUCCCUUCUGCCAUGUUCAGCAACGCAAACAUCUGGAUAAUCACGGACAUUAUAUACUCAACGAUACCAACCUACAUCUUUCACAUGACCAACACGAACCUCAUUAUUUAUGAAAUCCUCGAUUUCCUCUUCUGCAAUGCCCAGAAUCCGAAAAUGCUACACGGCACGAUCUUGGUCUUCACAUUCGUCAUCGUUUACGUAGUGUGUAUGGAGGAGAUAAACGCGUACCAUGGCGUAUUCGUAUAUCCUUACAUCGGCUCUAUGUCCCUACCUAGAAGGAUAUUCAUGUACUGCAUGGGCUUACUUAUUUUCUACAUGUUUUACUUGAUGGGAAAAUUCAUCAACCGUAUUCUUUGGGACUAUACCACUCUGGUCAAACUCUGCAAUUACACCUAUUUCAGGCACAACACGCUACAAGAAAGUCGUGCCGAAAGCCGUGCAACUGCCUCGAAGGGUGCGAGCCUUGUGAAAAUUUUCAGUGCUAGCUUUAAGAGGUCAUAUUCAGCGCCUCGGACGGAGUUUCAGGCGAAGCAAAAAGCUGAAAAAGAUAGUAAGAAGAAUAAAGAGCGGCUGGGUGAUAAGAAAUUUGGUUUUUUCAACUGUUUUAAAAAUUUCUGGUUCCUAAAAUCUAACGCAAUUAAAUAACACAUGUUCUGUUUUGUCAUAUGAAAAAUAUGGCU